AAAGUCCCUCAUGCAGGUGACACAGAGCCACUCACUCACCCGCGUCUCUUCUCACACAGGAGGCAGAGGAUGGUUAACUGAGGACCAAUGUAUGGAGAUUCAACAGAGUGAAACGUAACAAUCUGUGCCACUAACCUCGGAUAAACCAGGGCACUAAGAUGCCCAAAAGCGAUACCUGGCCAGGUGGCAUUGGAUUGGAGACGAUGACUGGCAUGGACAGCGCUGGCAGCUGUGACAGCGUGGUCAGUGCCAAUUCUGGCUUUAGUGAUGAUAGUCUAGAGCACCUGUCUGCUGAAGAAAAGGCCUGCCUCAUGUUUUUGGAAGAGACUAUUGAGUCUUUGGAUACCGAGGAGGACAGUGGACUGUCCAAUGACGAACCUGACCAACUGCCCAGCCCGGGCAACCUCGCUACCAAACUGGCUGACCUGUCAGCCUCUAUGAGCAAAAACAAGCUCAACAGUCCAUUGAAACAUUCCUCUAAGCAGCCAAUAAAGGAAAAUUUUGACACAAAAUCCUUGCAGAGCUAUCUGGUUCCUACACCUCUGGUCGUGGCAAACAGCACUCCAUGUACUCCACCAAAAUCGGGUGUCCCUCCAGACAAAAACCUCAGCUCUAAGCCUCACUUCACUGCUUCAAGCAACAAAUCUGAUCACAAACACAGCCAGCAACCUGUUGCUCCCCAAGUACCUUUAGAGGUUAAUGUUGUGAUACCGCCUCUCACCAAACCGAGGGAACACUCAGUCAAGACAGCUGAAGGUUUACCUAGAGGUCCUCUGUCCUAUGAUGCACUUGUUCAUCUGCGAAGGAGUGCUUCCACAAAGAAGACACCUCUAUGUCCCAAAAUUGAUCAUACUAUAGACUUGGACAAACACCUUCCUAUCACAGAGGAAGGCCCAAACCUCAGAAAUGUACCAAGAUCUGGCAAAUCCCACUCAGAAGCACUGAAGUCUAAGGAAGGUCCCCCAGUUGUACCCCCCAAACCUAAAAAAAUCCCUGCCAAUAUAUCAGUUGAAACACAAAAAGAAGCCGCUGUAACCUCAGACUCUUCAUACAAUAUCAAGAAUGCAAGAGAUCCCAAGGCCGUGAGACUGGAAGCUUUGCAGAAGCUGGGCCUCCUGAAAGACCAACUGCCAGAGGACGAGACAGAAUCCACUCUGCCUCCCCCUAAAUCUCACUCCUCUCUGCACCCCACACCCAACAGAUUUACAUCUAGUGUUAAUCCAUCAAGAAGUCCGUCGUUUUGUCAUUCUCAAGUGCCCCCGGAGCCCAAGAACAGGCCUCUGCAGAGCAGUGCCAGCUUCCAUCACUACUCCAGACGUGACCAACAGCCUGUGCUUGCAUCACAUCCCGCUCAGUCCAAUGGAUUGAAGGCAGCUAGUCUGGAGCGCUCUGCGACCCUGGACCACCAAAGAAACAGUGGAAACUGUCAGCCUCCCAAACCCUCAAACUCUGUCCCAUAUACAGUGAUGGUGGUUCCUGGGAUGGGAGUUGAUCGGAAAGAGGCACUCAGAAAACUUGGACUGCUCAAAGACUAAAGCGGGUAAACAGCAGGAGUCUGCCUGCGUAAACGCAGUGCUCAGAAAGAGUUCAAGAGUACUAUCAGCUUAAAGAGAGUUAGAGCAUUAAGCGGGAACUUGGCAUUUGACACUUUGGCAAACUAAAUUAGGAGAGGAUGAAGAAACCCUGAGGAUUUUUUUGAAGUGGGGUUGUAUGAGGUACAUCUACAUAAGCUAGUCAGUGUAUUAUCUACAGUAGAUGGCAGUCGGCAUGCCAAUUUGAAGAAGCAAAAGUACCACCACCGAAUCUAUCCAUGCACUGAUGUGGACAGGGGUUUGCAGCAAACUGUAUUUUUAACUCUUAAAAAAAAAGGACUUCCAAUAGAAAAAUCAAAAUAAGUUCAAGUGGACACUGUAUUGAGAAUAUUUUCAAGACUUUAUCUUGCUGUCAAAUAGCCCUUUCUUUUGGCACCACAUGCCGUAAACUCCCCUAUUCCUACGCAUCUCUUUCUUUUGACUUGUUCAAUCUCCCUCUUCUGUACACUUUGAUUUGUAGAGGUAUCCUCUUGUCACCACAGUGCACAGCAUUAUGUUACUGUCAUAGUGACUUUUUUUUGUUCUUGUAUUUGUUGUCUUUUUCAUAGACCGCUUAAAGUCUGACCCAAACAGCUGAACUGUCAUAAUACAGAGUGCAGCAAAGCUACGCUUAAUGUAUAGUAAUACAUUCUUCAGUUGAGAAAAUGUAGUGCUAAUGGAAAGGGCUGUGAAAUUAUUCUUAAUAUAGCAUCCAGUUAGACUAACAAUAUUUUUUUUAAGGUAGGCCUUUUUAUAGGAGGAUAAAAACACAUUUUGCUGCUGUCUGUGUUCACAGCAUUACAGCAGCAACACAACAGUACACUUCUGUGUCAGCAUUUUUGCCUCCUUCUCCAAACUGAGGGCACGCUGACUGCAAUGUAUUAAAGAUAACACACUGACUAUGGAUUAGUAGCUCAUACUCAUGCACUAUAUGCACACAAAAGUUCCUGGCUAAAAGAAACAGUUCUAUUUUUAAGCCUCUAUGUGCACAAAAAACAACAUUUUAUAAUGGUGUUAACAUACUGGAGCAAGCCAUAUUGUGGCUCUGCAUUAACUGUAUUCUUCCUCUUACUGCCGUAACAUGCUCCAUUGUACUUCUACUUAAAGGAAACAUC